UGCACCUGAUGAACCUUUACUGACUAAAUGCGCAUUAAUAAUCGGCCGAUAUAUAUCGGUGCACCCCUAUAUACAAUAAACAUCCUCUGGAAGCUAGUGAGAAAUUUACCCAAGCAAGACAACCAGGAGAGUAUCUCAUUAUGCCAUCUACUUUCAAUCCUAAUGAGUCUACAAAAUUCAUGCUGUUCAUCUUCUUAAGGACUGAAUCCCACAGGAGAAAUAAUACACCUGUCAUGACAUUGAAUGAGAUCUCUUCUACACCAAAUACGAUCUAAAUUAACCGCAUAUUCAUUUAGACUGAUACAUAGACUGGGUUUGGUGGUUUAUGGGCUCGUAUCAAGACUCCUCGAAAAUGAGGAUUGCGAAUAUAUAAACAGCUUGGGUUUCUGUAUUUUCAUAAUCUCAUAUAUAAUUUAUUAAGCAUUAAUCAGAAUCAGUUUCUUUAUUAAUUACCUAUUAUUUUGAAAUCUAUAUUGAGUUAUAUAGUUAUAGUCUAUGUAUGGCUGAAUUUACUGUUAUGCAGUUGUGUAACAGUGGUGGGAGGAAUUUUGGAACUCCUUCAGUUCACGCAAUGGAUUAUAUAUUUGUGCAGUAAUGUACAGUGCAAAACAAAACACUGCACACUUCCUGAAAACAUCAUUCAGUCUGAGAACAGAAAUCCAGAGUCGAAACAAGUCAAAUCUAGUGGGAGAAGACUGCUCAUUUAGGUGAGUUGUUAUACCUUUGAAGGUAAAGUAUAUUAAUUGUAUCUUCAAAAUUGAAUUUAUCCACUGAUUUUAUUGUAUGCCACUGAAUAAUUAUCAAGAUAUGUCUGUCAAAUUGACAAGGUUACACUCCCAAACAAGCCAAACAAGUCCGUUAUCUUUUAGGUCUUUGAAAACAAAACCUAGCAUGACAGUGCUGUGACAUCUCGCCAGACGUGACACCUUUAUUUGUUUUUCAUCAUAGUUGAUCAUAAGGAUUAGAUUUUUACAACUGAAAAAAGGGGAAACGAAAAAAUGCCUCCACCUCCUGCAAACAAGAAACCAAGAUAUGAAUUACCCACAAAAGACAACACGGGCACUCUCCACGACCCUUUGAAAUUCUUGGAUCAGGACUACCAGGAGCUGCGGAAGAGCUGCAUCACCAAUAAAAAGAGAUUUGAUGAUGACAAGUUCCCUCCAGACAGCAGCUCCAUUGACCCGAAGAAGAAACUUAAACUGGAUCUGCACCAAAUCAAAUGGUUGAGGCCAUCAGAAAUAGUAACAGACCCUCAGCUUAUUGUCCAGGGGGUUUCCAGGUUUGACUAUUCCCAAGGAUGUUAUUUAGGUAACUGCUGGUUUCUUGCUUCAGUUGGGGCUUUAACAUUUCAAAAGGACAUCAUGGACCAGGUCAUGCCAACUGACCAGUCAUUUGACAAAGAUUAUGCAGGGAUAUUUCACUUCAGAUUCUGGCGGUUUGGGAAAUGGAUCGAUGUUGUCAUUGAUGACAAACUUCCAACAAUCAAUGGCGAACUCAUUUUUGUUCUUUCAAAAACAUCUAAUGAGUUUUGGCCUGCCUUACUGGAGAAAGCGUAUGCCAAGGUGUGUGGCUCCUAUGCUGACAUGAAUGCUGGUCAAGUGUCUGAGGCUCUGCUAGACUUCACCGGUGGCGUCCAUGUGUGCUAUGAUCUACAAAAAGCAACUAUUGAUUUGUGGAGCAUGAUGGACCGUGCAGACAAAGCAAAGGCUCUGAUGGCCUGCAAUACCCAUGCGGGGGAAAAAUCUGAGAAUGUAUUACCUAAUGGUAUUGUUCAGGGCCAUGCAUAUACAGUGACGGGGGUUUUUAAGGUAACAUGCCAAGGAAAACCAGUGAGGCUGGUGAGAGUGUUGAAUCCGUGGGGAAUGGGCGAGUGGAACGGUGCCUGGAGUGACAAUUCUUCACUGUGGGACAAAUUGAGUGAGAAGGAGCGAACCAGUUGUCGUUCUUUGGCCAAUGAUGGAGAGUUCUGGAUGUCAAUGGAGGACUUCACCAAAAACUUUGAAGACAUUGAUAUUUGCUGCCUCAGUCCUGAUUUCCUGGACAGCUCUUCUAAAUGCAGCUGGUCAACAACAUGCUACAACGGCAGCUGGGAAUGUGGGUCUACAGCUGGUGGCUGCAGCAAUAAUAAAGACUCUUUCUGGACAAACCCUCAGUUUCGGGUGAGGAUUGAGAAGCUUGAUGAGGAAUGUGCUAGUGGCCAGUGUCUUGAAAACAUACUGGUGUCCCUCAUUCAGAUCCAUGAGAACAGAUACAGAAGUCUUGCUUCUAAUUACUCCAUCGGCUUCAGUGUUUAUCUGGUCAGUAUUAACAAAAAGUCUACUGGGCUCACAGAAAAACCUCUCUGAAUACACUCAUUUUGUUUUCCACUUAUUCUUAUCAUCCAUGUUUUUCUAAUUUAACAGAUACCACCAUGGGUAAGUACAAUACAAUUCAAGCUCAAAAGUAUUAAACUCCACAAUCACAUUGGUUUUGCUUUGUAAGUAACUAAAUUGCAUGAUAUUUGUAAAAUAAAUGGAUAAUAUUUCAUUCUUCUUUAGAUGAAAGAUGAGAAGUUUCCGGCCAAUUUCUUCUACUUCAGACGUUCCGUGGAAGAUAGUGGAAACUUCAUCGAUGCAAGACAUGUGAUGAAAUUCUUCAAGCUUGAACCCGGAGAGUAUCUCAUUUUACCAUCUACUUUCAAUCCUAACGAGUCUGCAAAGUUCAUGCUGUCCAUCUUCACAAAGACUGAAUCCCACAGGAGUAAAAAGAAUCCUGGAUCGAUAUAUUUCUGAGUUUAUAAGUGUUUUGCUCAAAUAGCAAUGUAACAGCUCAUGGUCUGGUGACGCUUUGAACCUAUCUUUACCAGUUUACCUAUCUAGAUGUUUCUCCUCUGUAACCACUCAAAUGGAUUUGGAGUAACCAAGCUAGUUGUACUCUUUUUCUUCUACAUCCCUUAUUUUGAUCAUCAGUGAGUUACCUUUGUUGUUUAUUUGUUAGGUUUUUGAUGUUCUGUUCUGAUGUUCGGUGUAACUUUGUGUAUGAUUCAAAUCAGACAUUUACAUAAAGAAACUUUGCCAAUACCCAUUUCAGUAUGUAGCCAAUCAGAAGGUCAUGUUUGCAAAAUUGUUUGCAAAAAAAAAAAAAACUACAUAUGUUACUCAAUGGUCAAAUUUAAGUCAGUAUGUUCUCAAGUGGUACGCAGCCACCAAACAGUGAAAUGUACACUACCAAACAAUAAUAAAAUAUACAUUUAAUUUAU